CAUCAGGCUGCGACGCACUCAUACAUUUGUUGUAAUUCGGCUGAAGAAAGGACAAACACAAAGAAAAACUCCUGGUGAAGCGACAGAGAUCCACGUGACACUAUUAUAAAGAUGGCGUUUAUUAAAGAGGAGAGUGAAGACUUCAAGAUUGGAGAAACUUUCAGUGUGAAACAAGAAGACACUGAGGAACACACAGACCUGAUGGCAUUGAAAGAGGAGAGUCAAGAUCUGAAUGAAAGGGAAGAGAAAGAUCAGUAUGAGACGCAUCAUGAUUUCAUAACGGAAGAAAAACCUUUUAGUUGCUCGCAGACUAAAAAAACGUCCUCACAAAAAAGGGCUCUAAAGACUAAAAGUUAUCUCACAUGCCGACACUGUGGAAUAACUUUCAGUCAACAAGGAAACCUUACAGUCCACAUGAGAAUUCACACAGGAGAGAAGCCUUACACCUGCCAACAGUGUGGAAAGAGUUUCAGAGUACAAGGAAACUUUCAAGUCCACAUGAGAAUUCACACUGGAGAGAGCCCUUACACCUGCCAACAGUGUGGCAUCAGUUUUAGACAAAAAGGAAGCCUUGAAGUCCACAUGAGAAUUCACAAUGGAAAUAAGCCUUUUACAUGCCAACAGUGUGGAAUAAGUUUCAGUCAGAAAGCGAACUUUAAUAAGCACAUGAGAAUUCACACUGGAGAGAAGCCUUUCACAUGUCAACAGUGUGGAAAAAGUUUCACUCAAAAAGAAAGUCUUAAAAACCACAUGCGAAUUCACACUGGAGAGAAGCCUUUCACAUGUCAACAGUGUGGAAAGAGUUUCAGUAUACAAGCAAACCUUAAAGUCCACAUGAGAAUUCACACUGGAGAGAGCCCUUACACCUGCCAACAGUGUGGAAAGAGUUUCAAUCAAAAAGUACAGCUGAACAGUCACAUGAGAAUGCAUUCUGGAGUGAAGCCUUUAACAUGCCAACAGUGUGGAAUAAGUUUCAGUCAGAAAGCGAACUUUAAUAAGCACAUGCGAAUUCACACUGGAGAGAAGCCUUUCACAUGUCAACAGUGUGGAAUUAGUUUCACUCAAAAAGUAGGUCUUCAAAAUCACAUGAGAAUUCACACUGGAGAGAAGCCUUUCAUAUGUCAACAGUGUGGAAAGAGUUUCAGUAUACAAGCAAACCUUAAAGUCCACAUGAGAAUUCACACUGGAGAAAACCCUUACACCUGCCAACAGUGUGGAAAGAGUUUCAUUCAAAAGGUACAGCUGAACAGUCACAUGAGAGUUCAUUCUGGAGUGAAGCCUUUAACAUGCCAACAGUGUGGAAAAAGUUUCGAAAAACAUGGAAACCUUAGAGUCCACAUGAGAAGUCACACUGGAGAUAGCCCUUUUACCUGCCAACUGUGUGGAGUUGGUUUCAAACAAAAAAGAAGCCUUGACAGGCACAUGAUGACUCACACUGUAGAGAAGCCUUUCACCUGCCAACAGUGUGGAAAGAGUUUCAGCCGAAAAGGAAUCCUUAAUACCCACAUGAGAAUUCACACGUAAGAGAGACAUUUUACCUGUCAACUGAGAAGAACAACUUUCACCAAUGCCGUGUUUCCACCACAAUUACCAGGAACUAUUUGUCCCAGGAACUUUUUUCAUAGGAACUUUUUUGCCCCAGACCACUUGCUUACUGCGUUUACACUGAAGUACUGGUCCGGAACGGGAAGAUUAUGUAGUGACAUUGAACUGUGUGUGACUGCUCCUCCCAGUCUGUGCGUUUGUUUUGUAUGGAGCCCCCCUAGUCCCACUUUGGC